CCAACACAAGAAGCCUCGAGCUCAAUCACCGCCUUUUUCCAGCCACAAAACUACGAAGCACUCAAUUUGAGUCAGCUCCAUCGCCAUGACCUCUGCCGAGCUCGUGUUCGUCCCAACCCCCGGCAUGGGCCAUCUCGUGUCGAUGGUCGAGAUGGCCAAGCUCCUCGUCAACCGCGACCACCGCCUCUCCAUCUCUGUCCUCAUCAUGAAGCCUCCCUUCGACUCCGAACUCGACUCGUAUACAAGCUCGCUCGCCGCCUCCGUGGACGCUGCUCGCAUCCGCCUCAUCCACCUCCCUCGUGUGAACACAGACACCGAGAUCUCCUCAGGCGGUUUCCACAAUCGCUAUAUAGAAAGCAGCAAGCCCCACAUCAAGCGGGCUGUCGCUGACCUCGCCGACUCGGUCGGCUCAUCCCGGCGGCUUGCGGCAUUCGUUGUGGACAUGUUCUGCACCACCAUGAUUGACCUGGCGGGUGAGUUUGGAGUCCCCUCCUACGUCUUCUUCACGUCGAGCGCGGCGUGUCUCGGGCUAAUCCUCCACCUCCAGUCGCUCCAAGACAAGCAACAUGUGGACAUAACCAAAUUCAAGGACUCAGCCACCGAGCUGGACUUCCCGAGUUUCGCAAACCCGUUGCCGGCCAAGGUCUUACCGUCCGUGGUGCUGACGAAGGAGUCGGUCCAACCAUUCCUGGAGCACGCCAAGAGAAUAAGAGCGAUCAAGGGAAUUAUCGUUAAUACGUUCGCCGAGCUCGAACCGCAUGCACUAGGGUCCUUGGCGGGCCUCGAGGCACCCACGGUGUUCCCCGUGGGGCCCAUCCUGAAUUUGAAGGGGGAGACUAAAAAGAAGGCCGAUGGUGGCUGCCGCGGCGACGAUAUCAUGGAGUGGCUCGAUGAGCAACUGCCUUCGUCGGUGGUUUUCUUGUGCUUCGGGAGUAGGGGGAGCUUCCGCGAGGACCAGGUGAAGGAGAUCGCCCGCGCGCUGGAACGGAGUGGGCACCGCUUCCUAUGGUCCCUACGGCGGCCGCCGCCAAAGGGCAAGGUUGACGUACCGCGUGACUACAUGGACCCCGCGGAGGUCUUGCCGGAGGGGUUUCUAGAACGGACCGCCAGCAUUGGAAGAGUGAUUGGGUGGGCCCCGCAGGCCGCAGUCCUAGCCCACCCGGCGGUCGGGGGGUUCGUGUCGCACUGCGGAUGGAACUCCAUCCUGGAGAGCAUUUGGCUUGGGAUGGCGGUGGCCACAUGGCCUCUAUACGCAGAGCAACAGUUCAAUGCAUUCGAGUUGGUGGUGGAGCUAGGUCUCGCGGUGGAGAUCAAAAUGGACUACAGAAAAGAUUUCCUGAUGGAGACAGACAUCAUCGUGGCGGCAGAGGAAAUAGAGGACGGAAUAAGGAAGUUAAUGGAGGAUGUCGACAGCGAGAGGCGGAAGAAGGUGAAAGAGGUGAGUGAGAAGAGUAGGAAGGCAUUGGCUGAGGGUGGCUCUUCUUUCAUGUCUUUGGGUCAUUUGAUUGAGGAUAUCUUGAGUAAUAUGCCUUAGAUUGAGGUGAUUGUAAUGUUUGGAAUCUUUAGCAUCUUGGAUUGUAUCCGCGUUGGAU